AUACUACAAGUACCUACCUACUCAGAUUCAAUUCAAAAGCUCCAAAAAGCUCUAAUAUUCGAGCUGGUUUCUCACUCACAUCUAGAUCUACCAUAAGAGUAAUUUGCAUGGCAAUGAUGAUAUCGAGAUUAAUUCCCCGCCUUGUCGAGGCAAGAGUGAAACCGUACAACUCCUCAGCCGUACAUACGUGAUGGUCAUCUCCAACCGGUGCAACGGAAAGAUGCAUAUCGCCAACAAUGCAUUGGAUAGGCAACCAUGGCCAAUGGCCUUGAAUCGUCUUAGGUGGCUUAUCUUGCAUCUUGCUGCCUAAGGAAGUCAAGUACAUGAUACUUUAUGCGUCGUAGAGACCCCUCAUACGAGAUACUCUUCAAUUCACAUUCUCGAACUGCGCCAUCUCAACAUAAACGCAAUGUAUCGCGGAAGAGCUCCAGGAUAUUCUCGAGGUCGCGGCAGAGGACGCGGUCAUGCUUUCAGGUCAAAUAAUUGGCGAGAUCCAAGUGUACCCGAGAAAAAGGAAGAUGUAGUAAAUUAUCCCCUCGGUCGCCUCGUGAUGACGAUGACUUUGGGCAACAUCUCAGGUUAUGGUAUUCACAAGAACGAUGCAAAAAUUACUGAUUGCAAAUAUGUUGCAUCUUACUCUUUAGUCGACUCUAGUUCUCCCAGAAUCAUUCUUCCAGGGCAACCGGCAUUUUGGGAGCCACCAUCGCUGCCCUCUCAACUUCCAAGGGACUCUGAUAAGUACUUUCGUGAUCAGAAUGGAGCACGAUUCCCCGAGUAUCCCAUGCAACCCUCCGUACAGUCUAUUUUUGCUCUUAAUGAGGGGUUCGACUCGGAAAAUGUCGACAUCAUGUGCUGUGCUAGCUCCUUAGGAAACAUCCUCCGCUUCAUUCGGUCAGUUGACGCAACAUUCCGGUUCGAUGUUGAAAUGAUUGGAAAUACAUUGUUUCUCAUCAGCAACUCCCGAGACCAAGUCAUACCCGGUGUUCACGGACAUGGCAUGACCUUCCUCGAGAAUUUCACCACUUAUCCAGCCGAUUUAAAAGAAUCUAAAUCCCACCAACGUAUAAUCUCAUAUUCAUUCGGUGGACUGAAGUUUCUUGUUCGUUUUGAGUGUGAUGGACAUUUAGGAGAUUCUAAGGAUACAUCUACUGCGACCGAUGGCUUGAAUGUCUCACAAACCCCGGUACCCGAUUCAAUCGCUGUCGAGGCUGCUGGAGUGGCCGUACCACAGAAUUCGAUCAUUGAGAUCAAGACGAGGUCCCAGAGGCAAGGGCAGGAGAUUGAAAUGAAUGAACACUACCCAAGACUGUGGCUCAGACAGAUUCCCAAUUUCAUCGUAGCAUAUCACAUCAAAGGCAGCUUCGAAGACGUCCAGAACAAAAACGUCCAACAAGACUUAUACGAGUGGGAAUCCGCGCAUGAGACCGAACUCCGGAAAUUUGCUUCGAUUCUACAGCAGCUGAUUGUUGCGGUCAAACGAGCAGGUAAUCUCAAGCUCGAGAUUUGUCGAACGGGUUUGGGACCCCUGGAACUGAGAGAACAAAUUGGAACACCUCGAGAAGUACUUCCUAAUGGUUGGAAGGAUAUGUGGGCUAAGGAACCUAAGGAUAAAGACAGAGAUGGUACGUCUCAUCUGGGUGAUGGUAAUGGUGAUGAUGAUGAUGAUAAUGAUGACGACGAAAGUUAUCCAAGCUUCUCGUCUCGGAAUAACAGGUCUAGCGAAUCGGAUAGUUCUGAGGACGAUGAUAAUUACUCAGUAGACUACACGGCUUGCGGCCUGGAUUGCGGAUAUUGUGGUCACUGUGGUUAGUGGUUGUGUUGGUGUCAAGUAGGACUAGAAAGUUCCGUUUGCACUCGUCUGCCUGCAUGAGAUAACACGGCCCGCAUUUAUAUUUGUCGGCGACUUGCUUCCAAGGCUGCCUGGGUAAGUACUGCUACAUCGGCUACAUCUACAUACAUAUGUAAAGCCAAGACCUACAUAUUCACGUUCCAGUAUCAGUUCAUGACAGCCACC